GGUCGGGACGACGAGAGUUCGAGUUCGAGGGUGUGUGUUCAGUGCGCGAAAGGGAGACAAAAUGUGGUGGAGGUGCCGGUGGAGUGUCGCGACUACGACCACGGUGUUCGUGUUGGGGGUUGCCACGGUUUACUCGCAGCUGGAGAUAUCUGAUCUGAAUGAGCCAAUUUCGAUGGUUACCGUCAGUGGGGUAGUAGGGAACAAAGUGCAACUACCUUGUGACAUCCGUCCUUCUGACAAGGACGACGUCAACAUGGUGUUUUGGUACAAAGAAGGAGUAGAAGAACCAAUCUACCGUUUCGACGUUCGUGGUCGUCGAUCGUUCAGCAAUGCUCACCUUUGGUCGUCGCCGACGGCAUUGGGACCAAGAGCUUUUUUUAUCACGGCGUCGAGUCCUGCUCACCUCAGCAUCGAUCGACUGGAAACCAGGGACGAAGGGAUCUAUCGGUGUCGAGUGGAUUUCAAAAAUUUGCAGACAACACAUCAAAAAACGAACCUGACCGUUAUAGUGCCUCCGUCGAAGCCGGUGAUACUGGACGGGACGACGAGGGAUAUUUCGAGGCUGGAGGAGCCCUACAACGAGGGGAGUGACGUGAACCUGAUUUGCGAGGUACGAGGUGGCAGGCCGCCCCCGAAGCUGACGUGGUACCUCGAGAACACCGUGAUAGACGAGUCCUAUCACUACAACACCGAGUCAGGUCUGACGGUUAACCGCUUGUCCUACCCUAAAGUUGGACGGCAACACCUCAAGGCUCGGCUGAUUUGUGAGGCCAGCAACACUAACCUGGUGCAACCGCAAACCAGACUCGUCAUCCUCGACGUCAAUCUAAAGCCACUGGUCGUGCAGAUUUUGACGAAGGAGCCUCGAGUUUCUGCUGACAAGAACUACAACGUGGAGUGCAGAACAACUGGUUCCAGGCCAGAAGCAGUAAUUACUUGGUGGAAAGCGAACAAGCAGAUUAAGAAAAUGGCGCAAAAUUACGCAUUGGAGAAUAAUCAAAGCCUCAGUAUCCUAAGCUUCGUGCCAGGCAUAGAAGACGAUGGCAAAUAUCUGACGUGUCGGGCGGAAAACCCUUCUAUUCCUGACAGUGCUUUGGAGGACAAGUGGAGACUGGACGUGCAGUAUCAGCCAGUGGUAACCCUCAAGAUGGGAGAAACCUUGAAUCCAGAUGAUAUCAAAGAGGGUGACGACGUCUAUUUCGAGUGCUUAGUCAGGGCUAAUCCGAAAGUGUACAAGCUUGCCUGGUUCAAAGAUGGCAAAGAACUAAAGAACAACGCCACCGCAGGCAUCGUCCUCAGCGAUUAUUCGUUGGUUCUUCAGGGUAUCACCCGAUACUCGGCUGGUGAUUAUACUUGUCUUGCUGCCAAUAGUGAAGGAAAAACUGCCAGUAACCCUGUGACUCUUCGAAUAAUGUAUACACCAGUUUGCAAAGAAGGCAGAAGCGAGGUGGUCGUGGGCGCUCUGAAACAGGAAACCGUAUCGUUGGUUUGUUCCGUGGAGAGUCAUCCAGCACCGUUGACUUUUCACUGGACAUUCAAUAAUUCUGGAGAGCUGGUGGAGGUUCCCCAUUCUCGUUACUCCCAUGUGCCAGCUCCUGGGACACCGUCCGUUGCCGAAAGCCUGAAGGAGUAUCAACAAUUCCAUGGUUCCAGGUUAAACUACACGCCUGCGACGGAAAUGGACUAUGGCACUGUAGCAUGUUGGGCGAGCAACCAAGUUGGAAAGCAACGAGCACCGUGUCUGUUUCAAGUCAUAGCUGCUGGUCGACCAUACGCUCUGCACAACUGCAGCGCAACAGAAAUGUCAGCACCGUUGGAUGCUGAAGAAUUGAACGCAAAGUCUGGAACCGGCCUACUGGUGCGCUGCUUAGAAGGAUAUGACGGUGGACUUCCGAUUUAUAGUUACCAAUUGGAAGUCGUCUCUGACGAAGACGGACCGAUAUUGCUGAAUAAAACUGUUCCAGCGGGUCCAAAUGGACCCACGUUCGAAGUAGCGGGCCUAACGACAGGAAAGAGUUACCGACUUUUUCUGUACGCGAUUAAUGCGAAAGGGAGGAGCGAACCUGCCAUUCUGGAGCCAGUGACCCUAAAGGGUGUCGCCAUGUACACGACGGGCACCACGAACGCGUCUACUCUCAGCCCAUUGGUGUUGGGCCUGGCAGCAACAGCGACCCUUUUGGCCCUGGCCGUAGCUGGAAUCCUGGCGGCGCUCUACCGGAAGCACUCAAACGGCCGGCCCGGAAGUCCGAAGCACGCUCCCAUCGUGUGCGAGCCACCUAAUGCAGGUGCAACUACCCCGGUGCACCCUCAGACCAAGCAGGCGGUCGAUGACAUCGAUCCGGACAUCAUACCCAACGAGUAUGAGAGAAGACCCCUAACGUACACCCCGAUAUACAAGACACCCCCGCAACGAAGAAAGAAGGAUCGAGUCAUGGACGAGGCGAUUUCACCGGAGAAAAGGCCGAUCGUACAACACGGUUUAGAUCUUCCACCAGAUCCGAUGUUGACGGAUUGCCUACCAACCCCGACCAUAAGUUAUCCACAGAACCACGUUUCUCAGACGAACACUUAUAACAACCCACCUACCAUGGCGGACUUCAAGCAGAUGGCAAUGGAUGCUUACAAUCAGCGUAAUAACCAGAACGUGUAUUACAGUCUCCAGAGGUCGAGCAAGGGGUUGUCGUCGAUGCCACAGAGGCCAGUUCCCUCGUCGGUAUCAGCCCAGGGGAAGUUCCAUCAACCGGAAGUGGUGACGCGUUCGAAUCGAAUACAGGAGAGUUGUAUAUAAACUGGGAAAAGUCUUCGUCGACGAACACGAGCGCCUCCCUGAACGUUUGAAGCUGGUCGUAUUCUCCGUCAGCAACAUUUCAGGCUUAAAUGAAAAGUUGAAUUCUCGCGAAUCGCACGUUGCGUCUUCCUGCAAUCGACGUGCAAAUUUCCAUGCGAUUUCACGAAACAUCGCGAACGUUCGUUGUACAAAACCGACGAAAAAUUCCACAUCGCCGUGAAACGGGAACGAGAAGUUGCAUUUAUCCGACUUUCGUCGCCGGGACAAUGAUGGAUUAUCUCGCAAAGUUAACGAAAGGAUAAGUAACUCGACGUAACGUAACGAAUCGUGAUGGGAUUCCGCGUUCAAUUAUUCUUUUUCUACCUGGAGAUUUUUAUAAUAGCGUCCAACGUGAAACAGGAAGAAGCCAGAAACGUUCGAUCAGAAGAUGAGUGCAAUUUGACGAAGUCGUCGAAUUACCGAAUACACAUACGCAUACAUACAUAAAAAAUAUUUACGCGUUUGUUCCCGUGUUCACGGCACAAAACCGUACAUUUUACUGUUUAUAUGAGAUUAGUUUUUGUACAAAGAUCUAUUGUAAAUAGGCGACGCUGCCUGGACCUAGUGGAUAGUCACCGAUAUCCGAAUUUCAUUCGCUGAAAUAAAAAACAAAGUCAUGUUAAGUCUGAGUGGAGGAUUGUUCGGUCACGUAAGAUAAAUACUCGAUGGCAUACAAAAUAAAGAGAAUACGUUUCAUCUGUUUUACAGAAACGAGUCUCGCCCACUUGUCGUCCUGCCCUUUUCCCUGAUCCACUCUAUUAAGUGAAGAGAAAAACGUAGCAAACGAGGAGCCAAAAUUUCGGUCGCACGUGAGCCGAAUGAAUACGAUCGCGUGAUCGCAUUGACCGUCGCGUUUCCAUUUCGAACGUGAAAGAAAUCUUAGUGCAUUCGCCACGGUGAAAGUCCUAUGAAAAUUUUAGCCCAGCGCGAAACACGAAACGAUUGAACAUGUUACCACGAACAAUCGAGUUCCGUUCGUUUGCGACAGGAUUGGGCGUAAUUUUAUUCGGAUAAAAAUAAUAUUUAAUAUGUUACUUAAAUUUAUUUACUUGAAUGAUCAUUU